AACAGACACAGGAAACGACCGACGCGGCUGACACAUAUUUAAGCCAAUAGAAACGCCUUCCUACAAACUAGCCAAUUGGCUUCUCCGUUGCGAGAGAGAGGCGGGACUAAUGGCUCCUUAGCAACGCUUGGCUCCUCGCGAGCGGUGGCGGUCGUUUCAACAUGGCGGCGGCGGCUCAAAGCGGAGAUCCGAGGAUCUGCUGGCUGGAUGGCGUGUCGGAUGACGAGCAGCCGCUGGUGUUCGUUCCUGGCCUGGGGGGAGAGGGGCCGACCCGGGGCCCUUUGGGGUCGAGACCCGGCAGCACAGGAGGAACCACGAUGCGAGCCAGGCCAAGUUCUGACCGCGACAACCGGGCCACGCUACAGAAACGGGGCCGCCUAGGAGGCGAGCCGCCUGGGACGCACACCCAGGAACCAGUGAAGGAACCAGUGAAGGAACCAGUGAAGGAACCAGUGAAGGAACCAGUGAGGGUCCGCUCCAGUGGGCCUGCAGUCCCAGAGCCCGCUCCAGGCCGGGGACCUGUGCUCCCCUCUGCACAGUUGGUGGUUCUGUCUCUGCAGGUCGUCUCCGAGGCCAGCGGCGCUCAGAGCCAGGUCUGUUUGAAGGACCUCCGUCCUGAAGACAAGCGCCGCAUCGCUCGCCUCGUUGAGGAGCUGGCCAGAGUGAGCGAGGAGAAGGAGGAGUCGCUGCAGCGCCUGAAAGAUGAACAGGGAAACUUUGAGUGCAAGAUCCAGAAGUUGGAGCAACAGAAGCUGGUGAUCGGGCGGGAGAGGGAGAGCCUGCAGCAGCAGUACCGGGAGUGCCAGGAGCUGCUCGGACUGUACCAACAGUACCUGUCUCAGCAGAAGGCCCAAUUGAACCAGUCCAUCUCCCAGCUCAGCCAGGGCCCCGCCCAUAGCAGGCUACGGGUGGUCUGCAGUGAGGAAGCCCCCAGCGGGGGGCCCGGCUCCCCACUCGGCCUCGCUGCUAAACGGCCCCCAGGAGCGUCACGAGCCCAGAGCCUCCACGGCCCUCUGACCUGUGGUGGGUUCAGGCCCCCUGACCUCACACAGCAGGGGCCCCAGAGGAGGCGGAGCAGGGAGAAAGGCCACCAUGACACCGUGGAGAGUGGCAGGGGGCGUGGCCACGGCUCCGAGGCCAACGAGGCCCUGACCACGCCUCUGCUGGGUCACGAGGUCUGGGAGGAGAAGAGGCACCAGGUCCUGCUGCAGAAGAUGCAGCUGGAGCUGGAGAGGGAGGAGCUUAGGACACGGCUGGCGGAGCAGGAGGCGGAGCUUAGGACACGGCUGGCGGAGCAGGAGGCGGAGCUUAGCAGGCAGAGUCAGGAGCUACAUCAGUCACGACUGGACCGCAGCAGGUUUCAACAAGCCGCUCAGUCUGAGCUCAGUGGAGAGCCGGAGAGGACCCCCCACUCUGAUGUACCCUCCAGUGUGUGUGCAGAGCUUCCUCCUGUCGCUGCUCCUCUGGAGAAAGCAGCCUCGGACACAAAGGACGCGUCCACGUCUCCGGCCCCCCAGGGGCCCGCUGUCCCAGAGACCCCCGAGGCCAGGCUGGACUUGUCCCUGGUGGAGCUGCUGGAGGUCUUCAGUCCCGUCUCCAGCGCUCCGGCCCGACGCCGGCUCGGCGCCCCCGGACCGGCGAGCAGAACCCUGCUGACCCGGUCCGGGUCUCAGAGCGCCCGGCAGGACCUGGAGGAGAGCCAGAUCCUGGAGGACAUCUUCUUCAUCUGCUGACCCCACAUUUCAUCGCCCGGCUUACUUUUUAUACCUUUAACUUACAGCCGACGUUCUAAUUCAGAAUAAUUAUGGAGUUCUACUUUGUUUUGAGGUUUUAAUACAAAUAAACAUAUUUAUUCAGAA